GUAUGUCAUUUGAAGUUUCACUUCUCCGUUUUCAGUUCGUAACGGGAAGCUGCGACUUCUGCCAGGAGCCGAUCUUCAAAUGAACAACAACUAUCGGCAAAUUCAGUCUCUUUGCAGUUAUUAUCACGUCGCUGACGCAAAAUGCUUCCAAACGUGCUAAUAUUGCUCGCGCUCAUCUUUUGCGCCUGUGGACAAAAUCCUGCAAUACGAGUCGUCGUGACCGACAAAGGACUUCAGUAUGGAAGGCACGCGGUCGCAGGAUGGAUUCAAGACAAGUUGGAACUUGUCACGUUGCCCGACAUGAGUGGUGAAAUGCGCGUCGGCUUCCUGGCCCGCAUCGGCUACACGCUUACAGGCAUCACCAUAAGAAAGUGCGACUUUCCGGAACCGUCCGUCGAGUUCUACCCAGGCUUCUCCGGCUUGAAGACGUCCGUGGCGGGCCUCGAUGUUGCGCUCGCGGGAGGCUGGGAGGCCCACUGUGGAUUCGUACACGGAGGCGGAUCUUUCGACAUGGCCUCGUUCGGCGUGGGCCUGGUCUCUGUCGUGAAGCUGGGUCGGGACUCUGGCGGACAUCUUUCUUUAACCGGCGUGAACUGCAACGCUCAAGUGGACCACGUCGACGUACGUUUCUACGGCGACAGGAGCUGGCUUUUCCGGCUUUUCGAGGAACGCUUCAAGGACCGCAUCAGAAGUCAAAUGGAGGCCACGAUUUGUCCCGCUGUGGAGGAACUCAUUGCAAACCUGGAGAAUCGCCUAGAGGACAUGAAAGUGAGCUUUCAGGUGAAUGAAGACCUCACUCUGGACCUGCCUCUCAUUGGCCUGCCCGAGGUUGAUGCUUCGAGUCUUCACCUUGGGCUCAAGGGGGAAUUUUACAGUAUCCAAAGUCCAGAGGAGCCCCCCUUUGAGGCCCGGCCUUUCGCCGUAGCUCAGCAGCCGGGUUACAUGCUGUCGGUGGGCUUGUCUGACUUCACCGUCAACUCGGCCUCCUUCAGUUACUUCGCAGCUGGUUUACUGCAGGCUUUCAUCAACGACAGCAUGAUACCUCCAGGGUCGCCUGUGCGCCUUAAUACAACCUCAAUGGCUCCCUUUAUUCCACAGCUCCCCGAGAUGUUUCCAGACUUGCCGAUGGCACUGCAGAUUUACGCCAGAGACGUUCCGGUGUUUUUCUUCCGCUCCGGUGCUGUCACGCUGAGCUCGCCGUGCGCGGCGAAGGCCUUCGUCAUCCGGCCCGACGCCACCCUCGCCCCGCUGUUUCAACUCCACGUGGACUCAAACUUCAGCGGCGAAGUGUGGGUCGCCGACGGACGGCUGAAAGGCUCCGUGUCAAUGGACAAUUUCACUCUGAGUCUGGCCACAACUGAGAUUGGACCCUUUAAGACCGACGCUUUGGAAAACGUGACGCAGACCCUCAUGGAGACGUCGGUCUUGCCGCAACUGAACGGGAAACUUGCCACGGGCUUUCCUUUGCCACGAACUGUACACGCACAGCUGGUCAACCCAUUUGUGAAAGUGGAAGAGGGAUUUGUAGCUUUCUGCUCAGAUGCCGAGCUGCUGAAGACACAAUUUGAAAUUGAGCACAAUCUUGGCUCAAUUUAUUCAACAUGAUUCACGUAUUAUGAUUUUCACGCCCAACCGCGGAUUAAAACGCUUUUGUUCCAUACGUCCGCACCUUGUGUAAUCAGACUGCCGAAAAUUGUGCAACAACUACAAUAAAAAACAUAUUCAACUACA